AUGUUUAAAGCUAGGCGGGUGUUUAGAAUUGCUCCGCAUGCACCUCCAUUGCAGCAUGUUCGUGUGGGGCGGUUUUUUUCAACAUCCUCUUGUGAAUCGUCAUCGUUCAUUGUAGAUCAAAGCAAAAUCAGAAAUCUAGCCAUAAUCGCACACGUGGAUCAUGGAAAAACCACCUUGGUGGACUGCCUUCUUAAGCAGAGCGGGGCUCUUUACUCCCUCGCUUCUUCCAAUGGCACUGCCAGCGAAGACGGAGAUGGAAUUCUCAGCAUGGAUUCAAAUGUGUUGGAAAAAGAGCGUCGAAUAACAAUCCUUUCAAAGAGUACCAGUGUGCAGUAUCAGGGCUACCGCAUCAAUAUUGUCGACACGCCGGGGCAUGCCGAUUUUGGCGGUGAGGUGGAGCGCGUUCUUGGGAUGGUAGAUGGUGUGGCUCUGGUGGUUGAUGCUACCGAAGGUCCAAUGGCUCAAACAAAGUUUGUGCUUUCCAAAGCACUGCGUCGCGGUCUGGCGCCAAUCGUGGUGGUCAAUAAGGUCGAUCGAGAAACAUCUCGCACGGACCAGGUUGACUCGGAUAUUCUGGAUCUCUUUUGCAUGUUGGGCGCAAACGAAAAGCAAAUGGCAUAUCCGAUUUUGUUUGCCUCUGCAAAGGAGGGAUGGGCAACCGAGAUCAAUCCAUCCUCCAUUCUAUUAGAAGCCAUCAAGAAUACCCCGGCAAUGGACUUUUCAGCACGAUCUGCAUAUUUGAAGGAGAGGCUUUUUGGGAAGCAUGGGCCGUCAUCAAUGGAGAUCCUCUUCAAAAAGAUCAUCGAACAUGUGCCCCCUCCUUUGGGAGACCGAUCUCGGCCGUUCUCGAUGUUGGUGAACAACAUCGAAUCUGGAGCAUAUGUGGGAAAAUGUUUCCUUGGCAAAGUGGAGCAUGGCACGGUUCGUCUUAAUGACCGUAUCAAAGUGAUCACGCCAGAGGCCUCCAAGCCAAACUCCACAGAGGAAGCCCGCGUAGUUCGCCUCUUUAUCCGUCGGGGGCUUUCUCAGGUGCCUAUUGAAGAGGCGGCAGCCGGGGACAUCAUUUCCAUUUCCGGUGUCUGCACUGCUACCGUCAACAGUACCAUUUGUGCACCAGAGGUCACAGAAGCUCUUCCGUGGGAUCCAAUCGAUCCACCAACGCUUUCAAUUCUAUUCUCGUCAAAUUCUUCACCACUAGCCGGAAGAGAAGGACGGGCAGCGACUUGCCAGCAGUUGGCAGAGCGUCUUCGCAAAGAGGCCGAAACAAAUGUGGCACUUAAUGUGGUCUCUACGGGCUCUUCUUCCGCCAACACGGACUUUGUCGAGGUUUAUGGGCGAGGGGAGCUUCAUCUUGCCAUCCUUAUAGAAACAAUGCGGCGAGAAGGGCUUGAAUUUUCUAUUUCACCGCCAAAGGUUCUCCUCAAGACUGAACAACAUUCAGAUGGGGGGGAGGUCAAGCUAGAGCCCGUUGAGGAAAUUACUAUCGACUUGGAUGAACAGUACACAGGUGUCAUCAUCGAUAAGCUCACUCGACGUAAAGGCGAGUUGCUCCGGGUUUCAGAAGCACUUGGAAAGUCCCGCCUGAUCUUCAAGAUCCCUACGCGGGGCCUUCUUGGCUACCAUUCGGAAUUCAAGAAUGAUACUCACGGAACAGGUGUUAUAAACCACACCUUUUCCGGUUAUGAGCCGUUUAAGGGGCGCAUUGAGUGCGCCAGGAAGGGUGCCCUGAUUUCCAUGGCUGAGGGCAUCACCACUUCCUUUGCUCUUGGAGAGCUCGAAGGCCGGGGCACGCUUUUUGUAGGCCCAGGAAAGCCCGUAUAUCCUGGAAUGGUGAUUGGCGAAUGCAGCCGGUCCCACGAUAUUGAUGUCAAUCCUGCAAAGACAAAGACCACCUCAAACUACCGCGCCAUCAGCAAAGAUGAGGCCAUUCGUCUGGCCCCGCCGAGAGCUUUCUCGCUUGAAGACUUUAUUGCGUAUGUUGCAGGUAUUGUUGACUUUAAAUUUUUGCACCUAGAUGACGAAAUGAUCGAGGUUACACCUAAAAGCAUAAGGUUACGUAAGCAGUUCCUCGAUGCCAAUGAGCGUAAGAAGUUUGCACGGUCUUCGAUUAGCGGCGAACGCCGCUUUGCCUCUUCCUAG